AAAAAACACAAUAAGUUGAUUGCUUUACUGUAAUAUAUAUAUAAAAAUCAAUCACUUACAUCGUCUCCUUUUGUUAACAAAAAACAGUUUGUUGUUCUAAAUCCGGAAAAUUUUGCUUUGAUUUUUCUUUGUUUUGUUUGAUCAUCGUUCGUUAAAAUCUGUGUCGUAGUAGAAGAAACAAUGGAGGUUGAUGCAACUAAGGAUCCGAAAUUAUAAACGGGUCAAAACCCAAAACCCGGAUGGACGCGGCACGACUUGUGGGUGACUACGAACUUGGCCCGAAAAUCGGGUCCGGUUCGUUCGCUGUGGUGUGGCUAGCGAAGCAUCGAUCGUCUGGUUUAGAAGUCGCCGUGAAAGAGAUUGAUAAGAAACUGCUUAGCCCUAAAGUCAGAGAUAAUCUUCUCAAGGAGAUUUCGAUCCUCAGCACCAUCGAUCAUCCCAACAUCAUCCGAUUUUACGAAGCUGUCGAGACUGGAGAUAGGAUCUUCCUUGUAUUGGAGUAUUGUAGUGGAGGUGAUCUUGCUGGGUACAUCAAUCUCCAUGGAAAAGUAUCAGAAGCUGUUGCUAAGCAUUUUAUGAGGCAAUUGGCUUUAGGGUUGCAAGUACUUCAAGAGAAGCAUUUUAUCCACCGAGAUUUAAAGCCUCAGAAUUUACUUUUAUCGUCCAAGGAAGAAACUCCAUUGCUAAAGAUUGGAGAUUUUGGGUUUGCAAGGUCUCUACAACCGCAGAGCAUGGCGGAAACAUUUUGUGGUUCUCCAUUGUAUAUGGCUCCAGAAAUUAUUCAGAACCAAAAGUAUGAUGCAAAGGCUGACUUAUGGAGUGCUGGUGCGAUUUUGUUUCAACUUGUUACUGGAAAGCCACCUUUUGAUGGUACUAAUCACAUGCAGCUUUUUAACAACAUUGUGAGAGACACUGAGCUGAAAUUUCCUGAAGAUGCUUCGAAGGAGAUUCAUCCGGAUUGUGUUGAUCUGUGCAGAAGUCUUCUACGCCGGAACCCAAUUGAACGCUUCACAUUCCGAGAGUUCUUCCAUCACAAGUUCCUUCAAGAGCCAAGACAAUUGCCGUGUGUUGAGCAUUCUGAUUCUACUACCUCUACGGGGAAAUCAUCAUCGUUGCCCUCCGCACAACCGAGUAGCACAAACCGACUCAAACCAAGUGCAGACAAUGUCUACAAACCCGGGAAUUCCUCUAGUGCCUCAAAAUCUCACAUUUUAAUGCCACACGUCUCUUGUGAGAAGACUGGAAAAGAUACUGAGGGACAAUUCUCUUCAAAUCAAUUAGGAGUUUUUGACUCACUUGAGCUCAUAGAGAGAGAGUAUGUUCUUGUAAACCGUCCUUCUGCUUCACUGGAAGGUUCAUCAGAUUGUUUCGACACAUCACUGCAAGAUUCUGGGAUUCCUAACGACAAAGGUUCACUUGAAGCACAGAGACCAUUAUCUGGUGGGUCAGGUCCACGACCAGCAAGCGGAUCAUAUCUGUUAACAGAAGUACAACGGUUAACUAUCGUUCAUCCUCCGACAAAGCUCCAACUUUUGUAUCAGUAUGCAGAAGCACUUACAGAAGUAGCUCGUGAGAUGGGAAAUGCAGGACAGGUAAAGGAGUCUUUUGCUGUUACGCUCGUCGUUUUGGCUGUCUGGACAAAAGCUUUAGAGAUAUGCGAUUCUUGGAUGACGUCGGUUGGAGAAGAUAGAGUGAACCCAGAUCCAACCACAGCUCCUGAGACUUCAAUUCCAGACUUAAAUUCACCAGCACUAGCUAAAACUUGGGUGACACAAGAGUUUGUUACCGCGUUUAACCAGGCCGAGAAUUCUUCAACUCAACUAAACGAAACAAGCGCUGCUACUCAUAUGCCUGACGCCAUGGAAACAGUAUACGAGAAGGCACUAGCGUACGGCAAGAGUGGUGGGGCGGAAGAAUAUUUGAAUAACAAGGAAAGUGCAGCAACAUUAUACAAGAAAGCAAUUCUUCUACUCUCCUUUAUAAUUGAGGAAGCAGUGACUCUAUCCCUAAACCCUCCUUUCUCAUUAACCCUUGACGACAAGAAGCGGAUUCUCUACUACAUCUCUAACUUGCAGCAUCGUCGGUCUCAUCUUUAGCGAAAAUCGACCGCGACAUUGUACAGAAGAAACUUUCCUGGCUUUCAUUUUCGGGUUUUCUUAUCGCUCUCUUGAAAUUUCGAAACGGUUACUCGAUAUUGAUGAUGCCGUGAUCAACAGUAUUUGCCUCCCCCAUUGUAUAUUACUAUAUUGCAAUAUCAGAAGCUUAAAGUUCCAAAA